AUACAUGUGAUAAUAGUUAUGCGCUUAUCUCAUAACCGCAUGCGCGCUUACAGUCACGUGUAAAGUACAAAGGUCGACAGCUGCUUUUUGGAGAGAUGGCGAAGAUGGACCUAAGCGAGCUGUUUGCUGCUCAUCGAGGGAUCAUCUCGGAGAAGAUAACAGAGAGAAAGAAAAGUGCCACGGCCCUCCGCGAGCUGCUAGAGUCAGCCCCCAUCGUUGACUACAUAACGGCCAGCACGAGAGGCGUUCAGACGACCAAGUCCAAACAUGGUGCCGGCCAGUCACCCCUGACCUGGUCCUCCCUCUUCCGGAACGUCGUCGGCUACAUACUGAAGGAGGGCGAUGCGGUGGCUAAAAUGGAGGAGAAAUCUCGCAGUAGCUCCACCAUCACCACAAGGAAGAAGGACAUGUCUGACAUGCUGAGGUCAUAUAUCAGAGCUGCCAACAAACGGGGACACCAUAUGAAUGUAGGGGAAGUAGUGGAGCAUAUAUUGACAGUACUUCGGAGUCCGAGAAUGGUGGUGUGGCUGUGCGGGGACUACAGCCAGAUUCUACUGCACCAUGUCCUGCAGAAGCCUCACCACGUGGUUCAGAUUUCAGCCUCCUCCUGGAACGAGCUAACAUCUCUCUACAGCAGUCUGUUCCUCUCGUCGUCUGCCUCCUGCGACAAGACCCUUCUCUCUCGCGUCCUCCUCUCCCUCUUCUCUCUCUCCUCCUCUCAGUCCGACAUCGACAGAGCCACUCUCUUCGCCUUCUUCUCCAGGGCCAUGCCUAGGAUCGGGAAAGAGAAGAAACCUAAGAUUCUCGAAAAUCUAUUCCUCUCAUUCUCCACCUACUGCACGACUGCGGCGCAGGACUCUCGCGGCCGGCUCUGCAAUCUCGGGGAAGAUGUCCUGCCCACCGUCCUCCAUCUUUGGGGCCACUGCCAGCCAGCAGUUGAGGCACAACUUAUCUCUCUCCUCAGGUUUCAGGUCAAAGUUCAUCAUCCAUGUGGGGCCCAUCAUGACUCUUGUGGCGGGUGGGCAGUCAGUGACGUCAAAUGGAAGAAGAACCUGGAGGAGCUCUAUGACCUGAUCAUGGCCGACAUUGAGAGUGCCUCCCACAGACUCCAGUGGACCGGGAAGGGGGAAAGUGGGUUGAAACCUGCUCUAAUUGAUUUGGCCACUGACGUCACUAAUCAGGUGAUGUACAUUAGGAAUGAAAGAAAUGACUCCAAUACUCAGUCGGCUUCAACUGACAUCAGACAUAGAGACAAGAGGCGGAAGACCCAAACCUGUUGGUCCAGAUUGGAGGACGGCCUUGCUGCUAACGCUGACAGCCCCUCUCUUAUGAUCUGGCUCCAGCUGAUAUGCUGGCUGGUGGCCAAAUGGUCUGGCUCUCUCUCCGCUGAAGAAGGCCCUCACUUACUGUCACAGCUGACCAAGAUCCUCUGCGAAGCCAAGAGAUCAGUGGGUGUCAGAAAUGCGGAGGAGGAAGGCUACUCCUUGCUCACUGCCCUAGUGGAGCAACAGCUAGUUGAGACGGACCGGGAACCAUGGAAACUAAUGAGCCGAGCUGUCAAUCACCCCAGGAGGCCACUUGUAUCUCUACUGGCCUCGCUCGUCUCCAACCACCACCUCCCGGAGUCUCUAGGUCCCCUCUCCCCCUCCCCCUCCUCCUCCACCGCAAUCACACCCUCACCCUCUCACACGUCGCUCUGGCCCUAUCCACUCAGAGUCCAGCUGCUAAACUUUCUCGUUCCUUCUGUUACGGGAUCAGGCGAGGAGGGGAGAGGAGAGGGAAGAGUUGGGCAAAUUGGUGAAGUAUUCUUCCCUCAUCUUCCUAAUCAUGCGACGUCGACAUCGGGUUUCGGCUCUGGAAGGCCGUCUGUCUCUCUGGGUGCUCAUUUACUGGUGUCCCUGACCCAGAGAUCCUGCUCGGUACUGCAACAGCCUCACCUGACGUCACACCGUCUCCCAUCCAGCAUUCGGGACAAGAUUAGGGAACUUCUAAAUUUCCCUGAGACACCAAUCGACCACCAAUGGAGGGACAUCGAACAACUCUACCUCGAAUCGACCUUUCACACACCAAUACAAGUCCAAGGUGCACGGGAUAGUGCGGAGCCUGUUGUCUAUUGCAGGGAGUCACCAAUACCUGCUCUGAUGUCACUGCUACUGGAGUUGCUAGGCAACAGGGCUGAAAAACUGCUGCAGCAACCAAUAUCUGUUGAAGAGGUUGCGGCAUCUGUUCGGGACAAGAUCCAGCAUCUCGUGGUUGCCAUGGAGACCCAGGCCUACCACUGUGCCCUCGUCGUUCACGUCCUGUUCCUUGUGGGUGUGGUUGGUGGGCGGAGUCUCGGGGAGACAAUGAGGAAGUCCCCAGCAAUCAACUUGCUACAUGGCCUGCUGCAGAAGAUAUCGACUGGGCUCACCGACCAGCUGUGGAACGAGGUGGAGAGGUGUCAGCCGAGUCUAGGGGCGAGUAUUGAACUGGUGAGGGAAGUGUUGCUUGCCUCUCUCCCCCACUCCCUCCUCUCCUCUUGCCUCAAGAUGGCUAUUAGGAAGUCUCCCCUCCCUCCCCAAACUCCCUCCAGACCCAGUAGCACAUUCUCCAUGGCAACCUCCACCACUGGCCCCUCCCACCAUCCCUCCACCACAUCUUCCUCCCCCCUCUCCCCUUCCCCCACUCCCUCCCUCCCUCCCUCCUCCGCCUUUGACGACGACAUGGACAUAAGCAGUACCAAUGACAGCGAUCCUGCGAUGCUUGGCGAAACCGGACAAACCGGUUCAACAGAUAUGCUGUCGCCUGGAGACCAAGCCACCCUUCGGACGGAAGCAGCUGCUUUCAUCAUUCGCUGGUACCAACUGACCAAUGUGGUAUCUCACCCAGGGGGGGUCAGGGACCAUAGUGAACCAAAACCAACCAACAGGGACGAAAUUUUUGAUCCAAGAAAGGCCAUACUACGAAUUCUAGAAAGAAGCGAGAUUUCAAAACCAGUUGACGUUCAAAUAGCAUUCGAUAUUUGUCGAUACUUAGCAUCUGGUGAGAGAAUAACUGCGUUUCUGGACAAUAUUGUGGAACUAGUUGGUCAAGUGCUGACUCAACACCACAAGAGCCAGCCUGUUCUCUGCGAGAGCCUGAAACUCCUGGAACAGCUGGCACCUCAUUACGAGAGGGGCACGGAGAGAGAGGGGGAGGGAGGAAGAGAAGGUGGAGGAGGGAGAGUGGGUCCAGAGAGCCCAUUCCGUCACUUUAUCCCACCUGGGAACAAUUCUCUCUGCCAUUUGAUACAGCCCGCAGAAGGAGUAUCUCUGAGGGAUGCACUGCUGUGUAUGAUAAACGACCCCAACCACGGCGUCCGCAUGCACAUGGCAAAGGUCGCGACCUCCCUACAUCGCGUUGCCGGUAGCAACGAACUGCUCCCACGAGAGCAGCAGCUGGAGACGUUUCAGGAGGUGGAGGAGAUGCUCAAAAAGGCUCACUUGAUAUCAUACCAGGCCUGUGUGUCACUGUCGUGUGAGAGAGCCGCUGUGGCUGAUCUUGUGCUGGGCGUAGGGGACGGCAUCGACGAACAACUGGCUGCACAGGCUCUCCAGCGGAUAUCCUGUUGUCUGGGUUACUCCACCACUGCAAGAUUCAUGGAGGACCACCUCCUCUCCUCCCUCUCCUCGUGGCUGGACAGCGGACGAUCUCUGGACACGUUUCCCCACCAGCUCUUCUCUGAGACCAGCCAGACCGCCUUCUUUCAGGAUCGUGUUGAUGUGGUUGUCCCUCUGCUGGUCUACCAAUGUGACGAGCCGGCCCUCCUCUCCCUCCCCUCCCUCCUCCACCCCUCUCCCUCGUCCCUCCCCUCCCUCCUCUCCCACACCCUCCCUGCCGCCAUGGCGCUCAUCCUACCCACCUUCGCCCAGCAGGACGGCUACGAUUCAGAGGCUGGUAGCGAGGAUCGGAGAGCAAAAGCCCGAGCCAGCAACAACCUGCUCGUGAAGCACCUAUCAGAGGAGGAGAUCGCAGGGUCAAUGAAGUUGAGGAUUGCAGAAUUUGUUGUCUAUCUUCUCCAGCGAGUGUUCGAGCCUCACACUUCCACCUCCCACCUGGCCCGCUACUCCAGGUCGAGCGACCCCGAACCCUCUCCUCCACAUUUCUCAUCUCUGGGCGCGCGAGCCACUCUCGAUUACAUCGCUAGUUGCUAUGGCGGCUCCACGGCAACCUCGACCUUCAUGAAACAGCUGACAAGAAAACAGGACAAUAUCCAGAGAAUUUUGCUUGCUCUUGCUGUUGCCAUGGAGACGACUCAUCGUCCGUUCAGACGGAGGCAGCUGCUCCAGUCCUACGCGCUGUUUGUUAACCUCGUUAGCGACCAAUUGGGGCAGGGGCUGGACGGUGUCGCCUCGUUUGUCGUCAUGGAUAUAAUCCACACUGUGAUAAGACUGUUGGAGCACGAGGCAGAGAAAAUGGGCGACGCAGUGAAAUGGAGAGGAGAAGAUGGGCAGAGUUUGGUGGAGAGAGAGAAAGAGGAGAGGGGGGAGAGGGAGAAAAAACGAAAAGAGGGAGGAAGAGGUGUAGAAGAAAUGACAGUAUCUCUUUGUUUUCAUGUCCUUACGGCAAUAGCACGGGCUGCCCUUGAAGCCUGCCCAGAGGAAUUGGGAAGACAUCUUCAGGUUGUCGUGACGACCCUAGUCACCUUUGCCCAGGGGUCAAAUGUCAAAGCCAACUUGAAGAAACAGGCAAUGCAGUUGCUCAAUCUCCUCCUCCUAACUCCCUCACACUGUUCCUCCUUCACCCUCCACCUCUCUGAACUAGACCCUCUCCCUGUCAUCCACGACGGAUCCUUCCGGAAGUUUCACGAGCAGCAGCAGCUGCUUCGAGAGGCAAACGACCUAAACUCGCUGGAACAAGAAAUGGACCGGUUCAUCGAGGCGGGGCAGUCCCUGUCAAUUACCACGCGGGGCCCCGGGCUUCGGAGACUGACGUAUAUGAUUCGUAGUUGUCGUAGCGAUGUUUCGCAUCUGCUGAGGAGUGGGUGUAACUCGGUUCUGAGACUCGUAACGGGGUCUUGUGGGCGUGGCUUCCCCUCUCGUGACCACACCCAUUGUUGCCAUGGAGAUGGGUCGUUGCCUUGGAGAGUUGGGUGGGCUGGACCUCACUGUAUCGCUCUUCCGAAUGUCCCUACGAAAGGUCGUUCGACCACAGCUCCCUCCCCAACAGCUGGUCUCCUCUUGCCUGCUGCACCGCUUGCCUUCUCUUCCUCCUCACUUCCCUCCUCAGAGACAGCGAUAUAUCGGUGGUUCAGGCCUGCAGCCAGUGUCUUCCUCAAGUGCUGGCCUCAAAGAUGCGCAGCAACUGUCUUUAGUAAGAUGGAGGACAUGUACGAAUGGACCAGCUUUCUGCAGCCCUUCAAAUCGGCAAAGAAAGGGUCGGUAGCAGCUGCUCAGUCUGUUCAAGCCCCGCCUACUAAUAAGGCUUCUAUCGACACGCCAAGUCUGUGGAUUCCUCAGGGUCCCCAUGGUGACGACAGCAAGGAUGCUGUAUCCACGGCAACCCACGAGUCGUGGAUAACGUCCCUGGUGACCGGUCUCCUGGAAUGCGGCGGAGUAACCGACCAGGUCCUGUUACUGGUCAAACCAGUUUGCCAAGUCAAGGUGUCGUUUUGUGAGGCCCUGUUCCCAUACCUCAUUCUGAGUCUGCUCUGGAACCAGGAGGAAAAGUACCGUCCAAUCAUAUCGCGGCAUUUCCGACGGUUCUUCUCAGUUGCCGCAAACCCUCCCUCCCCCUCCUCUCCCUCCCUCCUCCUCCUCCUCCUCCUCCCCCCAGUCCUCACUGCGGCUGUCCGUGACUCCACCCCUCCCUCCGUUUCCACGACAAUCAUGUUGAACACAGUCAUGUUCUUGAGGACAGUCAACAGACCUAAUCUGAGAAAAAGUACUCUGUGGGACAACAACUUUUGGUUGGAUCUCGACUUCCUCGACGUUGCCAUGGCAGCACAACGAUGUUCCGCCUACUUUACAUCCCUCCUCUACGUCGAAAUAUGGCACGGAGAGAAAUGUGAUUCCCUUGAGGGUGGAGCCAACAACGACAGUGAGGAGGGAGCCGUUCCCAUGGAGACGGAAACCAGUCAAACGGGUUUGGAGAACCCGUCGGUCCACCAGGUUCUCCUGGAGGCCUACAGCAACAUCGGAGAACCGGACUCGCUCUACGGAGUGUGUGCAUCUAAGACGGUAUCCAAGGAAACGUGGAUGAGGCUAUACGAACAGGAGGGAGAGUGGGAGAAGUCACUUAGUGCCUACAAUCUCAGCAUGCACCUGCCGAAUCCCAGCUGCCAAUCUAAUCUCGUGGGAAGUCUUCAUAAUCUCGGGCUAUCGCACGUCCUCAACAUGUACCUGACGGGAGUGGGUGUGGCCAGUCCCCAGUCCAUGUCGGGUCUGUCCAGGUUCCAGUACGAAGCGGCCUGGCGCUGCUCUCUCUGGGAAGAUCAGCACGUCAGUAUGUUGGCCCAGCACCCUUGCGGCUACACGGGGUACCACCGAUGUCUCUGCGACUCCCUCGUGGCUCUCAGAGACGGCGAACCCUCCCUCCUCUCCUCCUCUCUCUCCUCGGCCAGGGCAGAGGUGCUGGGAGCACUGUGCGGAGGUAGUCAGGAGGGAUGUGGGAGGAUAUACCGCUGCCUCUCGCAGCUGCUAUGUCUCUGUGAGCUCGAGGAGGCCGGGGGAGAGAGAGGGAGCCCUGGUCUUUCAAACUCAACCUCGUCACCGUUUCAAUUUAUCGACUUGUGGAAAGAGAGACUAAAGCACCUGGAUGCCGACUUUGUCUACGUCGAGCCGGUGCUGUCUCUCAGAUCUUCUUCACUGCACAGUCUCCUGCAGAGAGAGAGGGUUGCUGGAAGAAGAGGUGUGGAUGGGGCGGAGCGAGGAAACACGGAACCUCUCUUUGUAGCUCUCUGUGAUAAUCUACUCACACUAGCAAAGAAGGCUCAGGACGUCGGUCGAUACCAGGUUGCAGAAGGCGCGCUCUUCUCACUCCAUCACCUCCACGACUCGCGCAGCUGUUACUCCGUCCCGACCUCCCUCUAUCCCUCGUUGCCCUGGCAACACAGACUCCAGGAGGCCAAACUGCACUGGGGGAGAGGAGAACGAAAUCUCGCACUCAGCCAACUCCGCUCCCUGCUGCAGACGAUAAAAACUCUCCCAGACCCGCCAAUGGAGGUGUCUUCCCUCUACCCCUCGGCCCUCUGUCUCUACGGUAGCUGGCUGGCCCAGACCCACUCAGAGAAUCCAGCUGCCAUCAUGAAACAGUACCUCGAACUCUCCGUCACUCUCAUGGAAAAACAGGAAACCAGUGAUCUCGGACCUCUGCUGAAUGCCUAUCUGAUGCUGGCACGGUAUGCGGACAGCCAGUACCAGCGUGUGACACGUCACAUGACGUCGACGGCCUACGACACCAAGAAACAGCUGCUGCAGAAAUCGCAACUCGAACUACAGAAACUCACGGAGGCGAUGUCCUCUGAAGCUCGGACAAAAAACAGACACGUACGUACGCUAAUGGCGCAGAUAGAGGAAGACGAAAUAGCCAUGAGCGGACUGAACGAGGACAGACGACAGUUUCUUGAGAAAGCUCUGCACAACUACGUCCACUGUCUCAGGACCGGCGAUGAACACGACUUGCGCGUGUUUAGACUCUGCGCCCUGUGGUUUGCCAACGCAAGUGACGCAAAGAUCAACGCCAUCAUAACUAAAGGCUCGUCUCAAAUCGAGAGUCGGAAGUUUCUCCCCCUCCUGUACCAGCUGGCUGCCAGAAUGAGUUCCCGUAGCCUAGCAACCGACCCCUUCCAAAGUACACUACAAGAGAUCAUAUUUCGUACCAGUGUGGAGCAUCCUCAUCACUCCCUGUACGUCACGCUGGCCCUUAGCCACGCCUCCAUGGACAACUCUUUCCCCUCCUCGGGUCAUGUGACCGGCGGAGCCGUCAAGUCUCCUCGCCCCUCGGGGAGACUGGCGAAGAAGAACAGCACCGCAGCGAGCACAGUGGACGAGGAUAAGGUGAAGGCUGCAAAGGGUCUCAUACGCAGACUCCAUUCCGAGCGGCCGUCCCUGGUCCAUUCCAUGGAGCAGCUGUGUGAGGCAUACAUCGACCUCGCCUACCACGACGUCUCGGCUCACCGACGAGAGAGGAAGCCCAUCAAGUUUCCCGCCAGCUGCACGCUCGUUAAACUCGCCGGGAAACUGAGAGAGGUUGCCGUGCCAACCGUUGACAUCGAGGUAUACGCAAUGUGGAUCCCAGUUUGUAGCUACCGCCACCUGGUAACCAUCGACCGGUUUGACGCGCAUUUCCAGUUGGCGGGCGGGAUCAACCUGCCCAAGGUUCUCUCUUGUAUGGGCUCCGACGGAAAGAGGAGGAGGCAGCUGGUCAAGGGUAAAGAUGACCUGAGACAAGAUGCAGUUAUGCAACAAGUGUUUGUACUGGUGAACAAGCUACUCCAAAAGGAGCACUCCACCUCUAAACGAAACCUAAGCAUUCGCACAUACAAGGUGGUUCCCCUGUCGCAGAGAUCUGGGAUUGUGGAGUGGUGUGAGGGGACCACCCCCCUGGGGGAAUAUUUGGUGGGCCCCCAGGGGAAGCCGUUUCAGGGGGCCCACUGCCGAUACCGGCCCCGGGACUGGGCCUCCCUCGAAUGUAGGAAGAAACUGAUGGAUGCAGGGAGCAAGAGGGGACCGUCCAAAUUGGACACCUACACGAGCAUCACUCGCCACUUUCGUCCAGUUUUCCACCAUUUUUUCAUGGAGCACUUCCCCAACCCCUCGGAGUGGUUUGAAUGUCGACUGAUGUACACUCGCAGCGUCGCGACUUCAUCCAUCGUGGGGUAUGUGGUUGGUCUUGGUGAUCGCCACGUCCAGAACAUCCUCAUCGACACUAACACUGCUGAAUUCAUUCACAUUGAUUUGGGCGUGGCAUUUGAGCAGGGGAAGACCCUCCCAACUCCCGAGACGGUGCCGUUCCGUCUGACGAGGGACGUCGUAGACGGGAUGGGCGUGGCCGGCGUGGAGGGAGUGUUCAGGCGAUGCUGUGAGAAGACAAUGGAGGUCAUGAGGGCUUCGCACGAAGAGCUUCGGACGAUUGUUGAAGUUCUGCUGUAUGAUCCUCUCUACAUGUGGACAAUAUCCCCAGUAAAAGCUCUUAAUCUCCAGCGACGCGACGAGUCGACAUCCACAGCUGCCACGGGGGACCAAAUAUUCGAGGGUGGGGGUGGGCCCCCUGCGACAGGGACCACGACAAACGGGUCUAACCCGUCAAACAAGAUGGCGGAGCGAGUUUUGCUGAGAUUGCAGGAAAAACUGGAGGGGAUCGAAGAUGGUGUCCCGUUGAGUGUUAGCGGGCAGGUGAACCAGCUGAUCCAAGAAGCGACUGACCCAAAUAAUCUCAGUCGUCUCUUCCCUGGGUGGCAGGCCUGGAUUUGACUGCAUAAACAUACAUCUGACCACCUUAUUAAAUCCCCGAGGAGUGUAUAUAUGUUGUUGUAGAGUGUUCUAAUUUCUUUAAAAUAAUGCUGCAUACUACUCUCUUGCGGCUUUAUGCGUCUUUCUAUCCUUUUUUUGUGCUGGUAUAUAGUUGGUUUGGUGGUGCGUGAAUCUUUUCUUGUUUGUCAGAGAAACUCUACAAAAGGC